AAUGAAUUCUAUUAAAAAAUCAAGGAAGGGAUAAUAAUACAAAAAAAAAAUAAAUAAAGAAUAGAGAGAUUUGAUUAAGUAAUUGUUAAUUGAAAAAAUCAAAAACCCUUCAGAAAUAGCAAAAGAAUAUAAUAUACCAAGAUCAACAAUUAAUUCUUAUAAAAAAUCUAAAAGACCCAUGUACGACCCAUUAAAAAAUGCUAUUUUAAAAAGAGCUGAGAAAUGGGUUGACAUGAAUUUUGAUACUCUAAAUAACUAUAAGAGUAUUCCUUAAGUAAAAAAAUAAAUAAAUUCUUAUUUUAACAAAGAAUGCUUCUUUUCGAAUUCAGAAAUGAAUCCAUUAUUCUAUUUAAUUCCAAAAAGCAAAUAGAAUUCUAAAAAACAAAGAAUCCAUUAAAAAGUCUUAUAAGAAGUAUUUACUUAUUUUUAAACGAAAAAACUCUUAAAUAAUAACUAGACUAAUGAAUAAUACUUUGCUAUAGGUACUGUUAUUGAAGUAGAAAUUUAUGAAGCUUAUAUAUAAAAUUGCGGUCAAGAGGAACCUUAUUAAAACAUUUAAAAUUUAUAUCCAAAUAAUACUUAAGUAGUAUAAUCUGAUGAGUCUUUUAAAGUAUUCAAUGAAGAUAGCUUUAAUUAUUACUACUGA